AUGGCGGUUAUGCCCGACCGAGUAGCGAAACAAGAUUUCGUUCCUCUAGAACCGUUUGUCCACCAAGUCGGUGGUCACUGCUCCAUGAUGAGAUUUGACGAUGUAUCUGUUUGCAAGCCCUUAAAGCAAAGGGAACAUCGAUUUUACGAGGAACAGCCUCCAGAAAUGCGACCAUUUACUCCUGAAUACCGAGGUACGUAUAGAAUAUAAAAUAACGCUUUAUUCCUCUUGCAAAUUUCGCUUCAACGAAAACCGGCUAUUCUCAGCUGAUCGACAAUCUUUCUCGCCCGGAAAAUAAAACUGUCUAAGUUGUAUGUCAGGACAGUAGGCUCAAAGGUAUCAGAAUUGUAAAAUUUAUUGCUUUCGUGCCUAAUUAACUUUUUGGUUGAAAAUAUGGCUGUCGAGUUAUGAGUUUCAUCCCAACUUGUCAUGAACGUAUUCCCUCGAUAGUUAUGAUCCAGAUCCAGGGAUAGUUUGUAAUGCAGGAGAAUCCUUUCUAAAAUACAACGAUUCAUUGUGCAAAACCAAUGUAUUUUACAAUAGAUUAAUAUGUCAGUGCUUUGAAAGUUGUUAAGCCCCCUGAAAACCUGCAUUUUGCUUUUUGUUAUUGGUUGUUCAAAUUCUGCGGGUGAGAAGAGAUCUUCGUCGAGACUGUCGCCCCCAACUGUGUAUGUAAACUUGAUACAACCCAAAGCUACAUUCAAAUCAAAAUCGUCAAUAACACCAUACAUAAAAAUCGUGUUUACACAUGUUCGAGGUGAAAAUGACCAAAUCGUUUCUUGUUGUUUCUUAAGUCAAAGAAAGAAUUGACCGUUAUAAGGGAGCGAACUUGUGAUUAGGCCUAUCUUUUUUCCAUUUGACAAUAAUGCUAAAAGGUUCCUGGUAAAAAAUCUUCUUGUAAACAUUGCACACUUUAUUCUUUUGCUCUCGUUAUUCUUUUUAUGAAAGUGUACCCAUCGCAGAAUGUUGCCUUACAUGACAUGCUUGACUUGUGAAUCAAGUGCAUUUUAUCAUGAAUCAGUUUAUUUUGUUCAGCUGAUUGCCUACAAUUUUAAAAAAUUAUUUGCAUAAAGGCUAUUGUCAUGCAAUCUUUGGUUUGUUUUCCCUCUUCCUCUGCAGUCUGCCAAGAAAGAUCAUCUGUAUAUUGCUAACUCGGAGGAAUGUGUUUGUUUGACCCUUUUUUUCUGCUAUACAUCUCCAUCUUUCUUUUUGCAUGAUGUAAAUAACAUUUUUGUGGUCAUUGCUUGCCACAAAAUUUAAAAAUUAAAUUCUUCUUAAAAAUUUAAAUGUAUUGAAGAUUGUUUUUAUUAUAUUGGAACAAAGUAAAAUAAAUUCUCCUUGUUUCCUAAAGGAUAGUCUGACCACAUUAAGAGUUACUUAUUGUUUUUGCAAACAAUAUUCUGUGUUAGACCCUUUUCUGCAUUUUAGUGUCAAAGCUAUCAGGUGGACAAAGUACAGUGUUUUGUAUGAUAUUGUCCAUUUGCGCCUCAGCUUCACGUAUAUGCCUCCUGGAAUGUCUAUUUUUAAUAAUAAAUAGACUUAUAAAACAUUUCAAUUAUGUCUUUAUGACAAAAUGUUGCUGCUACUACAAACAGGAGUGGUUUAUGUAAGUGUUAAAGAGGACAAGGAUGGCUAUAUUUAUCUUACCGCACACCCAGACAAGUUGGCUUUAGAGUGCCAAAAAAAGGAGGGCUCGACCAAAUUCUGCAUCACUAAUUCAGACAAUGAUGGUAGUAGUGGGGAAGAUGAGGGAGAUUACACUCCAGAGAAAGGCCUGCACAGGUAAAUACAUGUACGUGUAAGAUAAAACUUGAAACAGUUUGUAAGAUGGGAAAUAAAUGAAGGAUUACUGGCACCCUGAUUGUUUGAGAGCUAUGUUUGAUAAGAUUACAGACCAUGGAAGUGACAUGAUGGUGGCACAAUUUGUUAUUCCAAGAAACUUCAAUAGAAAUGGAUGUCAAAACUGUCGAUGUUAUUGUAAAAACAAAUCGACAACAAUUUUCCUUGGUCUGUAAUCUUAUCCACCAUAGAAUUGACCUCAAGAUGUUCAAAACUUUGCAUUGAAACGAGUUUCCUGUGGUUCUGGGUUCUACUUGAGUUUUGACCAUUCUUAUGUCAUUUCUAUGGCCGGCAAGUGUACAGACCAUGGAAAAUUGAUGUCGAUCAAUUUGUUAAAUUGAUUCAAAGUAAUGCUUAACUUUUUUUCUUUACAUUGUGUGGAUCAAACACCGUAGUAUUUGCUGCAGACAACAUUUCCUCCAAAAACGCCUGCUAUUAUCUUACCAAUAAUUGUCUCAUUAUAUUCAGAGGAUAUGCAUAUUUCACUGUUGUUUUCUUAGUUUAUAAGUUGACUUCUCAGUCUCUUGAUAUUAGAACACUGUCUCAUGUUUGAUUAGCAUUAGUUCUCACAAAUACAUGUAUUCCUCACAGACUACAUUCUGGUGGGUACCAAAUUGAGGUAUCUUUCACCAAGCACAAGUGGGGUAAACGAACAGUAGUCUUUGAAUAAAGGCCUUACAACUUGAGCGUGCAGUGUUCUUUCUCCUUAAUUUCAGCUGAUGUUUCUUUCAGGGUCCGCCUUCAAAGUGGGAAACUUGAAUUGGUGAAUACUAGACCAGAUGGAUUGUUUGAAGCAGGGGAUAUGCCAGACCUUUCAUCAGGUUGGAUGUAUAGUGAUUUAGUUUGAUUGCGGUGAUGUAUCAAACACGAGAUUCAGUGUUGGUUUCUGAUUUCCAGACACCAAACAUCAAGCGUAAGAAUCAAGUUGCCUGGAUAUUAUUUUGAUGAAACACUGUGUCGAGUUUUUGAUAUACAAGUGGAUUAAAAUUUUAUAAUUCUUGAAGAAAUUCAAAAUUCUCUGGCAUUUAAGAAUUCCUUUGUUUUUCUUCUUGAAUUAUUGCAGUUAAUAUUAGGGAUGUGCAAGAUAGUGACUAACCAAAUCCUUAGUCAAGAUUUUGUUAAAUUUGAUGGAAACUUACACUGUAAUAGACGUUCUCUAAAGGAUAGCUCAAAUGUCUUCUUAAAUUAACCCUAUUCAGACUGGGGGGGGGGGGCUUUUUGAACCCCCCCUCCAGCAAAAUCGUGAUAACUCCUACACCGACAGAGCUAUGACGUUCAAAUUUUCUGACUUUUCCUAAAACCAUUUCAAAUUUUAAAUUUUAUUGCUUCCUAUUGCUUUUUCUCGCUGUACAAGUGUUUCCUUGUUACUAGUUCAUAAGAAAGGAUAACAAAGAGAUGACUUUACCGAUAUUAUUGAUAUUUUACGUAUCUAAGUGGAAAAAUAAUAAGAAACAUUGAAAAAUCGGAAUAUGAUGUCACUGUGACAUCAUCAUUGGGCGUGGCAAGUCAAAACUGGGUGUGGGGCUUCUUUGUACGGAAAUGAUCAUUGUGUGUAAAUUUCAUGACCCUAGCAUUAUUGGUUCCAGAGAUACAGAGGGGAGGUCCGAGGAGCCCCCCCCCAGUCACAGAUUGACCAAAAAAGCCCAGUCUGAAUAGGGUUAACAGAUAAGCAUCUCUUUUUUAACUAAAAAAUUAUUGCAUAGAAGAAAAAGUAAUUAAAAGUAGAAAAUUUAAAACUUUUCUUGCACAUCCCAUGUGUUUGGUUUUUAGAUGGUUGAGGAGGUGUACUGAAGAGAACUUAUUGGUUAUAAGAAAUUAGAACAAACCAUGUAUUUUACUUCUUUAGAUAUGGUCUCUCAUGGUUGGCCUGACAGCAGAAACCCUAUAGUACAAGCUGUUAUGCCAGUGGGAACUACACUUAAUGGUAGUACUGAGUGCUUCCACACUGUAUUGCAUAAUUAUUUGAAUUAAUGACAAUGAAUAAUUAAGAAAAUAAUUUCUAAGUGGUUGGAAAAUAAUCUCCCCACUAUUUUACAAUAUACACUGUACAUUGUAGACUGUUGUUUUUUGGAAUGGACCAUAUCAUUUUUCUAUUUUAGGUGAAAUUGGUAUUUUGCAUAGAUUGUUAUAUACAUUAUUUACAUGUGGCAACAUUUAUUUCUCCCAGUCAGCGAUAAGAAUUUAUUAUUUCUUUCUUUUUAAGAUAGUUCUGGGGUAUCUGAUUUCAUACCUUUCAUGAGUACUUAUCUAUUGCUUGUUGUUUUAGGAAGUGCUGGAGUUAACCCUUGGAGUUUACAUUGUCACAAAGAGCAGUUGAGCAGAAUGAGAGAACUGGGAUCAUCUUCAAAAACACACAGUAUCCUUUUCCUUUUAAGCUUUCAAUAUUGUGAUAUUUGGCUUAUCUACUUCUGACCAAACACUUUGAGUUAAGUAAUUAUGUUUAACACAAAGAUUUUGAGCUGCCAGGAAAUAUUUUGAGAUGGCAACUGUUGGGUAAUCAUGUUGAUUUUUGUAAAUGCAGAGCUAAUACACUCUCAAAUGAAUGCCUCUUAUCUAGUAAACUGGGGAUAAGCAUAAAAGAAAGAUCAUUCUAUUCACUCAAUUUCUUGCCUGAUCAUGAUUAAUAAGGGUUUGCACAUUGUAUUUUUAAUGUUCAUUCAAUGGCAAGUUCAAAGCAUGAAUAGACUAAUGAUCACAACACAAUGUUGCUUAGUGAGGAUUCUAACAUCAUUGUUGAGAUUGGUAAGAGAAAUGUGGAUCUCUAGAUAGCCUAGAUGGAUCAUUGAUAGGCUGGAUAUUCCGCUGUAUUUAAACUGUCUUGAUAUUUUCACCAAAUCCAUAUUACUUUUUUGAGCUUGUUAAAUAGGUAUAAACACAGGGUGCAAAGAAAGUUAGUUGUACAGCUUGCCAUUCAGGAAAGCUGUAGCUAGCAAGUAUUAGCCCAAAAGUCAUUUCAACUAGCCCAAAAAAAAUUUUUGAUGAGCAUUGGUUACAGUUCUCCUGUAAUUUGAGUUCUGCCCAAAAACCUCAUUUGCCCAUCGGGCAAGUUAAGAAUAGAAAUCACUAGCCUAGUAGCAAAAUCCAGUAGCCCCGGGCUAUCGGACACCACUUUCUUUGCACGCUGAAACACCUAACUCUUUUUAAAUGCUUCCUAACUAUUAAAGCCUACCUCUUGGACCUUUAAAAUUAAAUUAAUGCCCCGGCAUCUAUUACAUCAUUAAUUUUGUGGGUAUUUGUUCUGUACCAGUAUUAUGUGUUCUAUCUUGACCUUAACUGUGAUUAGCAUUCAUUGUGUUGGAGAAUGUUGCACAUAGAUUUUCAACUCCCUGUAUUUUGGAUUUGAAAAUGGGAACACGACAUCACGGAGAUGAUGCACCAAGUGACAAAAGAGAGAGACAGAUAGCUAAAGCAGAGCAUUCGACUUCUAAGACUCUUGGAAUUAGAGCUGGUGGAAUGCAGGUAUUAUGCUGUGUACCCCUUGUGAUAUGUAUUCUCGGGAGGCACUCUGAGUCAGGAAAGUCUGUUAACAUGAGAUUCCUUCAGUAGUUUUAACGACAUUUGGUUUCUAAGUUAAUUUAUUUUAUCUGAAAGUUAUAUCUUCUGCUCUGUCAUGUUUCUGACUUUCACUGGGUUGUGUUUCUAGGUGUAUAACAGUGGAUCAGGAAGGUUUAUGUGUCGGAACAAAUAUUAUGGCCUGAAAUUAUGUCAAGAAGGUUUUAGAGAGGAACUUGUGACUUUCCUGCACAAUGGAGAACAGUUUAGAAUGGAGCUAAUAGAACCUCUACUCUAUAAACUCCGAAAAUUGUACAAAGUUAUUGAGAAGCAAAAUUCAUACAGAUUCUACUCAAGUUCUCUACUCCUCAUGUACGAAGGAGACAUGCAAAGGAAAUGCAGUUGUCAUACAGAAAAAGAACAAGACACCAAUAGACAAAAGGAGAAUAUUAACAGAAGUUGCAGCUCCUGCAGUUUAAACAAGAAUGGCAAAUUUAACAGCCAUCAUUCUUGCAAAGUGGAUGUGCGAAUGAUUGAUUUUGCUCACACAACAUAUGGUGUUUUUGCUGGGGAUCCUGUACGCCAUGGGCCUGAUUCAGGAUAUUUGUUUGGAUUAAAGAACUUGAUUAGGCUUCUAGAAGAAAUCAGAGACAAAUAUCUAGGUUCCACAGAGGUAAAGACCCAAGAAACUGGUAUCAUAUCUGAUAAAAGCUAAGGGAAUUAAUAUUCUGAGUGAGUGCAUGUUGCUGUAGGUAGAGUGCAAUGGACACCUUUAUCCCUAUUUGACUGUAUUAAAAAAAAUUAUCCAGACGAAUGUGUGCUCUUAGUACACUUAUAUAUGAAGAUGUUUUAAAGGGACUAGAGUCAGCAAUUGCUUUUGCGAUUCUUGUCAACAACAAUAUUAAUGUUACAAUUAUUAAGCCAGUUUUGGUCAGUUGUUUAGUUCUUCAAUUGUCAGUGUGGGAAGCUUAGUAAAGCUUUGUAAGUUGUUACAGCAGUUUGCUAAUGAUAGAAAGUCAAACACAGUGAACUAAAACCACACCAAAAAAUAAUAAAUGAGGGUAAAGAGAGAAAUAAAAUGUGUAUAAUGAAGGGUACAAAUAAUUAUAACAUUUUCAUAUUUAACAGCAUCUCAGGUGCUGAUUGAGUUGAAUUGAAUUUUGUUUAUAACACACUGAGGAUUUCUUUUGUUAUCAUUCUCAUUAUUAUUUUCAUUAAGUCAUCAUCAUCAUUAUCACUGUCUUUAAUCUUAACUUUUCAAGUUCUUUGUGACUUCAGUGCAACAUCUAUAUUUUAAUAUUCCCGUUUUACUGUUUUAUUUUCUUCAUUCUCUUGGUGGUGAAGACAUCACCAAUAGCCACAUAUUCAAUACAAAAUAAAUUUUCCUUAUAACAUGUUUGAUACCAACAAAUACCAUACUUUAACAUUGUUUAUAAAAUAUUGCCCUCAAAAAAAGGGAAAUGAAAAAAAAAAAAAGGGAACUGAGUGGAACUGAACUACAAAAACUCCAGCUAAGUAGAUCACUAGACUACGAGUAGUCCUGUGGCGGGGAGAGAGAAAUUUUUCUCUCUCCCCGCCGCGUGUCGCCUUUUCACGCGUGGGUGAUUUUCACGCCCGCUCACGUUUUGCUCGCUCUACUAUCCCUGAGGAAAAAUGGGAGACUAUUCGUAGUCUAGUAGAUCACAGGCACCCCACUCAAAUAAUUUUUUAACGUAUAAUCCAAAUGGAACAGAACAGAAUUAAAAAAAUAAAAAACAACUGGUAGGAGGCAGCCAGGUGGCUAUUUAUAAGCAUGACCAAUGAUUUCAUCCUGAGACUUGCAGGAAACAAAUUCAGCUGGUGGUCAGAGCUGGACUCAGGCCACCAGAUGGUGAGUCUAACAUGCUAACAGACCACUUGGCCAUGCCUCCUGCAAGCAUUGUCUCUACGAUAUGGGUCACCCAGCAACCUGGAGAUUCUCAUUAUAAAUUUAUCAGAGCUUAGCUCUGCAGUUGACAACAUCUUCCUUGGGACUUGAUAUUUAUAAAUGUACAAGUUACUUCAACGUGGGCCUUUAGGUGCACCUUAUAUUUCACAAGUUAAGAGCAUGCACAGUAUUUCCUAACAGAUAGAAUUAAGUCACUAAUGUCGUAGUAAAAAAAUAAUAAAUAUAAAUUUAUUAAGUCAUUAGCAGCUUAUUAAUAGAGUUGAAUUCUCAUUUCGGAUAAAAUUCUAUUAUCAUACAUGAAAAAGUAUUACGAUCAUAAAUUUGUUUGAUGUAUUUUUUUUGUUGGUGGAGAGUACAUAUUUAUUAUUGAGACUUAAAGUAAUUGCUUAAAACUGAUUACAUAAUUAGAGAUGCUGGGAGAAUUUGAUUGGAAACAAUAAUUCCAUGUUUUUGAAGCCUUGGUACUUAAAUUAUAAAGAGAAUGCACUGUACAGGCUGUAAAUUUUACCUCUCGAUUAGAGACAGGAAUAAGGAAUGGAAUUAACAUUGCAGUAAUAAUAAUAUUAUUAUUCAAGCCUUUUUUCCUGCUACGGUCAGAAUGAUAUUAAUUACUUGUAGUUACAUUGUAAUUUUUGGGAUCCUUUUGAUCAUUUAUUUGCAUACAGGUAACUGUCUCUUGUAACAAGAUGGGUACCUGCUUUUUGGGUUUGACAGUCAUUUAACCAUAACUAUAACAUUUAAGAUGGAUAGAUAGACCUGGUCUAACAGUGGCCAUCAUAUAGUGAGUUGACUGUUAAUGUUAAUUUAGUAUUUAAAUUCAUCACUUGUAUUUUAAUACAUAUGGAAAAGUUACAAUCAAUAUAAUAAUAAUUACGAUUCAGUUGAAUAAUGAUCAGAGUAAUGUAUGUAGCAGUC